AUGAGAACAAAACUGGAUGAAAAAUUUGGUGUCGAUGGCCUUUUGAUAUCUGAAUCUGCCCCCGUAGAUGAACAGUGGAGUGCAUACGCUAGCAGACUGCGUGGCUGUGCUUCAGAAGUCUUGGGAAAACCUCAGAAGAAGCACCAGGACUGGUUUGACGACUCAGAUCCAGAGAUCAGAAAGCUAAUUAAUGAUUUCAGAACCUCUCUUCGCACCCCUGAUGAUAACAAGCGUAGAGCAGCGCAUUACAAUCUGAAAGUGAAGGUACGUGCUCUCAAAGACAGUUGGUGGGCAAAUAAAGCAAAUGAAAUACAGUUAUAUGCCGACACACACCAAACGGGCAGAUUCUUUGAGUCCCUGAAAACUAUCUUUGGUCCAAGAGUUGGGAAGAUAGCACCAGUCUAUAACAAAGAUAAAAGUUGUCGGCUGACGCAACAGAGCGACAUCCUGUCUCGGUGGGCGGAACAUUUUAAUGACGUUCUUAAUCCCGACCAUCAGACAACUGAUAUUCCAUACAUAGAAGCACUUGAAGACCUGCCAGUUGAGGAACAACUUGCGGAUGCCCCUUCCUACGAUGAAUUCAUUUCAGCACUGGCUAAGCUGAAAAAUGACAAAACAGCAGGAUUUGAUAACUUGCCAUCAGAGCUAUAUAAAUAUGGGGGGCCAAACAUCAAGAAACCAUUGUUUGCUCUGAUCUUAAGAAUUUGGGAACACAAAGUUUACCGUCUGGUGCCCACGGAGGAGCAGCUGCAGACGCUGUCUCAGCUGCGGGAGCACCCGGCCCUCGACUUCUGGUCGCGAGCUCACCGUGCCGGCCACCCCGUGGACGUGAGGGUGCCGCCCCACGUGCAAGACCACUUCCGAGCAUUCCUCGAUCGGCAAGGAGUGCUGUACAACGUCCUCAUCGAUGACCUCGAACAGAUCUUAGAAAAGGAGCGAAAUCUGACGCUAGUGAGAUCCAUCCCCAAAAGCCCCGAGGAUCGCAUAUCAUUCACCGAAUACCAACGCUACGAUGAUGUGAAUUCGGCAUCAAGCUAUCCCAGUACGGUGACUGUGCAGAGCAUCGGACAGACGUACGAGGGUCGCCCUCUGGAUAUCAUCCAGAUAUCCUCUGGAGGCGGCGGCUCCAGGCCGGUCAUCCUGAUCGACGCAGGCAUCCACGCCAGGGAGUGGAUCGCGCCAGCUGCCGCCCUCUACGUCAUCAACCAGCUGGUCGAGAACGCAGCCGAGAGCGCGCUCACAGACAGCGUCGACUGGCACAUCAUCCCCGUGCUCAACCCCGAUGGAUACGAGUACACAUUCACAAACGAGCGUAUGUGGAGGAGGACCCGAUCAACAACAACAUCUCCUGAUUGCCCGGGAGUGGACGGCAACAGAAACUUUGACUUCCACUGGAAUGAGGCCGGCGCCGACAGCUAUCCCUGCUCUGAUGUUUACGCUGGUCCUCAGGCGUUCUCGGAGCCUGAGACGCAAGCUCUCAGAGACUACAUCCUGGCCAACGCCGACCGCAUCAAGCUUUACCUAACGUUCCAUAGCUACGGACCCUACAUACUCUACGCGUGGGGUUAAACUAGCGACCUGCCUGACGACUGGGAAACUUUGGACGCCUUGGCACAACAAGCGAACGCCGCCCAGGAAGCAGCCGGCGGUCCCAGCUACACCAUUGGCAGCUCUACAAAAGUCUUGUACGCAGGUGCCGGCGGCAGUGAUGACUGGACCAAAGGCGUUGGCGGAGUAGCCCUCUCCUACACCAUCGAACUUCCCUAUGGCGGCCUGGACGGUUUCGAUCCUCCAGCGUCAGACAUCCUCAAAUUGGUGACGCCAUUCUUUGAAGCCGUACGCGUCUAUGGGGACUACAUUGCUGAUAACUAUGGAUAA